AUGGCGGACAACGGCGAGGAGAAGCUCAUAGCGGUAGCUCGCCACAUCGCUAAAACCCUUGGCCACACCGACUCUAUGACCGACGAUAUUCUCAAGAUUUUCAGCAACUUCGACGGCAGACUGCGCGAGAAGCUCUCCGACGACGGCAUCGACCAGACGCUCAAGUCCCUCGACCGCCGCCUCUCCCGCUACAUCUCCCUCGACGCGCCGAUUUGGUCCAAUUCGGUUGAUGUCGCCUCCUUCCUCCACGCCGUUGACCAAUUGAUAGCCGCCGUCCGCGAUUGGGCUCCCCUCGCCGGCAACAAGCGCGUCGCCCGCGCCGAGGAUUUGCUGCAGCAGACGAUGCUGCGCAUGGAGGACGAGUUCAGAGCGCUGCUCGAGAGCGGCGGCGGCUCGACCGACUCGACCCGCCAGCAUCCCGAUUACUCCGACGAGGACGACGACGGCUCCGUCGAGGACGAGUCGAUCCCCGUGGCGCAGCCGGUGGCCGAUUACGACUUCUUAAUCGAAGCGCUCCCGCCGGGGACGGUGGGCGAUCUGCACGAGAUCGCGAAGCGGAUGGCGGCGGCGGGGUACGAGAAGGAGUGCUGCGCCGCGUAUGGCGCGUGCCGGCGGGAGUUUUUAGAGCAGAGCCUGUCGCGGCUGGGGCUGCCGAAGCUGAGCAUCGACGAGGUGCAGAGAAUGCCGUGGACUCAGCUGGAAGAUGAGAUUGAAAGAUGGAUUAAAGCGAUCAACGUCACUCUCCGUGUCCUUCUCCCCAGCGAGCGCCGCCUCUGUGACAGCAUUUUCUCCGGUUUUCCAUCGGAUGCUGACCUCUCCUUCAUCGAGGUAUGCAGGGGCUCGAUUAUUCAGCUAUUGAAUUUCGCAGACGCGGUGGCGAUCAGCAGCCGGUCGCCGGAGCGGUUAUUCAAGGUGCUGGAUGUUUACGAAACAAUUAGGGAUCUGAUGCCUGAAUUCGAGCUGCUGUUUCUCGAUGAUUGUUGUUUGCCGUUGAGGAAUGAAGCCGUGACUGUUUGGAAGAGAUUAGGGGAGGUUAUUAGGGGCAUAUUUUUGGAGCUCGAGAAUCUGAUCCGCCGCGAUCCGGCCAAGUCAGCAGUCCCCGGCGGCGGAUUACAUCCGAUCACUCGCUACGUGAUGAAUUACCUCCGCGCUGCGUGUAGGUCGCGGCUGACAUUAGAGCAGGUGUUCGAGGAAAGUGGUGAUGCUGAUUACGGAAAGGGAGAUAUGGCUUCGUCGUCGUCUCUGACAGCACAGUUGGCGUGGAUCAUGGAGUUAUUGGAAACUAGUUUGGAGGCGAAGUCUAGGGUUUACAAAGAUGCUGCACUGAGCUGUGUUUUCAUGAUGAACAACGGGCGUUACAUGGUGCAGAAGGUGAGGGAUAACGAGCUGGGAGCGCUGCUGGGCGACGAUUGGAUCAGGAAAAACAUGGCGAAAGUGAGGCAGUUUCAUGUAAAGUAUCAACGGAGCUGUUGGGGGAAGCUUCUGAGCUAUCUGAAGGUUGAUCAGAACUCGUCAGCCAAGGGUCUGAGGGAUCAGCUGAAGUUGUUCAACGCAAGCUUUGAGGAGACGUGCAGGAGCCAGUCGUCGUGGGUGAUCUUCGACGAGCAACUCAAGGAGGAGCUGAAGAUCUCGGUGUCGGGGCACUUGUCUCCAGCAUACCGCAACUUCAUUGGGAGACUGCACGCCUUUGCUGAUGUGGGGAAGCACGCGGAUAGGCACAUUAGGUAUAGCCUUGAUGACAUUGAGACGCGGAUCACGGCCUUGUUCCAAGGGACUGCUGCUGGAACUGGAAGGAAGUGAGAUUUGCUUUGUGUCUGUUUUCAUCGCCUGUACAUUCUUUUUUCGUGACUUGCAUCACAUCAUCACAUGUAUAUUUUUGAGAUAUAUAUAUAUAUGAUUUAUAUAGUUUGCUCAAA